GGCAGCAGGCUGAGGGUUCGACUCCCACAUUUAGGAGCGUCUUCUGGGGAGGAACCUGCAUAAAUACAUCCCGCAGGAUCUCCUCCGCACUCGCUCUCAGCACGGAAACACCCGCGCAUCUCACCUGGAGGAAAGGAGCUCAUUGAAACAAAGAUGGACACCAAGUCUUACGUGGUUCAGAUGAACGGGAAUGGCGUCCACGGUAAAGCGGUGCUGAAAGCCCAAAGCCUGGGCGGGAUGGGCGUCACCGGCAAGGGUUUCCACGGCAACGCCCUGCAGCACGUCAACGUGAACGGCAGCCUGUACCCGGCCAAGGUGAAGAGCCGCAGGCUGAGGUGGGACGUGAAACCGUCGGAGAUGGCCAACAACACGCUGAACCCCAUCAGGGCCAUCGUGGACGGCAUGAAGCUCACCCCCAACCCCGACAAACCCAUGAUCGCCCUCUCCAUAGGUGAUCCGACCGUGUUUGGAAACCUGCCUACAGACGACGCCGUGCUUCAGGCGAUGAAAGACGCCAUCGAUUCCCAAAAAUACAACGGCUAUGCUCCUUCUGUAGGUUACCUGAAGAGCCGGCAGGCCGUGGCCAACUUCUACAGCUGCCCUGAAGCUCCGCUGGAGGCUCAGGACGUGAUUCUGACCAGCGGCUGCAGUCAGGCCAUUGAACUGGCUAUAAGCGUCCUGUGUAACCCCGGGGACAACAUCCUGGUCCCGUGCCCCGGCUUCUCCUUAUAUAAGACUCUGGCUGUGUCAAUGGGGAUUGAGGUCAAACUCUACAACUUGCUGCCAGAAAAGUCCUGGGAGAUCGAUCUGCAGCAGCUGGAGAGCCUGAUGGACGAGAGGACUUCCUGUUUGAUCGUGACCAACCCGUCCAACCCGUGCGGCUCCGUCUUCACCACAGAACACCUGCAGAAGAUCCUCAGAGUGGCCUCCAAACACUGCGUCCCCAUCCUGGCGGAUGAGAUCUACAGUGACAUGGUUUUCCCAGGAUGCAGCAGCCCUUCUCUGGCUUGUCUCAGCAGUGACGUCCCCAUCCUGUCCUGCGGGGGCCUGGCCAAACGCUGGCUGGUCCCCGGCUGGAGGCUGGGCUGGAUUCUGAUCCACGACAGGAACGACAUCUUUGGCUCCAAGAUUCGUCAGGGUCUGGUGAAACUCAGCCAGCGUAUUCUGGGAGCCUGCACCAUCGUCCAGGGGGCGCUAGAGAGCAUCCUGAACAACACCCCCCAGAGCUUCUACAGCAGCACCAUCAGCUUCCUGAAGUCAAACUCCCAGAUCUGUUACAAAGAACUGUCCCGGGUUCCCGGCCUGAACCCCGUCAUGCCUGCAGGAGCCAUGUACCUCAUGGUUGGGAUUGACAUGGAGCACUUCCCAGAUUUUACUAACGACGUUGACUUCACUGAGCGUCUGGUGACGGAGCAGUCGGUCUUUUGUCUGCCGGCUUCAGCAUUUGAGUAUCCCAACUUCUUCCGCGUGGUGGUGACCGUGCCCGAGGAGCUGAUGCUGCAGGCGUGCGCUCGCAUCAGGGAGUUCUGCCAGCGUUACUACCGGCCCCGCAGCUGCGACAGCAACGACCUGGAUCAGUGAAGCUGCUGCGUUACUCAGUACAUUUACAUGGAUGCAGACCCUAAAACCCACUGUGCUAGGACCCUACAAUAUGGCCUCAGAAUCCUCAUGGUUCCCGUCAUCUCCAUCCCAACAAAAAGCCCAAAGCAUCAACUCUGACACUGUUCAUUUUGAUAUAAAAAGGAGCAAAUAUUUAUAUUUUUAACUCCCAUCCAGCAGCAAUAACACUUUUGUGUAUACAUACGAUUUCUGCUUCAUACGUCGUUCACCGUCUGCAGAAUCUGACGGCUGCACAGUCUGCAUGCACUAGCAGGAAGUACGUCAUGUAUUAUGAUCAUGUACUCUAUUGCUCGGCCAGUGUUAGUCUGCAUUGACUUGUUCUUUAUCAGAACUUUCUCUGUAAAUAGUAUGUAUGUUAUUGUUUAACAUUUAUGGACUUUUAUAUUUUCUGCUUUUAUUUCAAGCAUAAAAUACUGUUUGGUAUUUCUUUUUUAUAUGUAAUUAUCUAAUAAAAAAUACUCAACAAUCA